UUUUUCUUUUUCUGUAGUUUUUUGCUCCCCCUCCACAUCACUCAUAAUUCAGUCAAUCCGAAAACCAGGAACGCCAAUAAAGCCAAUACUUUCUAUUCUCCAUCCUAUCUUAUUCAAGACCAGAACUUCCUUAUCACGCAUAUCCAGAUUCAUAUUCAAAAAGAAAAUAAAAUGUACGCCGCAAAAUCUUCCAUGGUAAUAGCCAUUUUGGCCCUUUUCCUUUGUUUGACCUCGGCAGUUACUGCUGCUGAACUCUUCAACCCCGGUAAUCCCUUAAACUGCACAGCCUGGGAGGCCAACUGCAAAGCUCUUGGUGCAGAGACGUUUGGCAAUGGAAAGAAUUCUUCCUACCAAGGCAUGUCACCUCGAUGCAAUGUCACCAACCUCUCGGGUGCUCAACCUCUCUGCAACCUGAAGGUCACUUGCACAGCAUCAUUCCUUGUGUCUGCUCCCGCUUCUGCCCCCACUUCCGCUUCUGUCCCCACUUCCGCUUCUGUCCCCGCUCCCGCUCCUACAGGCGGCAACAACAGCACCAAAUACACUAUCGUUACCGAGGAUUUGACCGGCAAACUCUUGGCCAUGUACGAUACCUCCAAGUGUGGCACAUCGGCUGCUGUGGCUAAGGCGGCUACUUCUAUUGGUGCCAUGCUCAUCAUUGGCUCCAUUGUCUCGUUGAUGAGCAGCAUGCUUUAAGCAUCACUGGAUGAAAUGGUAUUAGAAGAAGAAAACGAUAGGAGUUAAAUAAAAAG